UUGUAAAAUGAUAUGAUUAUUGUUCAUUCUGUUAUUAAUUUUACCAAGAUGGCCACCGCAAGCACAUUGGACGCGCCAGUCGCAAGAGUACAAAUUGAUGGAUUGGUUGUGUUGAAGAUCAUCAAGCAUUGCGAAGAGGAAGGAGGCAGUGCUGGGGAGUUGGUUCAAGGAGUUCUCCUUGGUCUCGUCCAGGAUGACACGCUAGAGAUCACAAAUUGCUUCCCGUUCCCUAAACAUGCGGACGAGGAAAACUUUGACGAUGUCUUGUACCAGAUGGAGAUGAUGAGAAACCUGCGUCAUGUCAACAUCGAUCAUCUCCACGUCGGCUGGUACCAGUCUACGCUGUACGGCACGUUCCUCAACAAGGCCCUGCUGGACUCGCAGUUCAACUAUCAGCACUCCAUCGAGGAAUCUGUCGUUCUCAUAUACGAUCCACUGAAGACAUCGAAGUCCACACUCAGCCUGAAGGCCUACAGAUUAACCCGGAAUGCCAUGGAGUCUUACAAAGACUAUGACUUCUCCACAGAUGCCCUCAAAAAGACAGGUUUAUGCUACGAGAACAUCUUCGAAGAGAUUCCCAUCGUCGUCCAUAACUCGUACCUCAUCAACACGCUGAUCUGCGAGCUGAAAGAAGUGACGCCCCCUACUGGCGACAACUUCUUGACUUUAUCGUCGGGAAAUAUGUUGGAGAAGAAUUUGGAGUUGCUGAUGGAGCACGUAGACGAUCUAGCCCAAGAAACCAACAAGUACAUGAACUACCAGAGGGCCAUGACGAAGCUACAACAAAACAAACAGCAACAUACAUACAAAAGACAACAAGAGAACGCAGCCCGGCAGCAACGUGGCGAGCCCCCGCUUCCCGAGGAGGACCUGUCCAAGCUCUUCAAGGCUCCCCAGCCCCCGCUGCGUCUGGAGAGCAUGCUGAUGGCCGGCCAGAUGAAGAACUACGCCGCCGAGAUCAACCGGAUGGCCGCGUCCAGCUUCGGCAAGCUGUUCAUGGCCGACGCGCUGCAGACUCCGGGUCCUAGUAGUACAUAACGGGGGAACGGGGGGAAAUUGACAUAGUUGUAAUCGAGUCAGUCACAAGUCAUCACCGGAAAGAACAUUUCCAUAUGUCUGCGUUGCAGUUUGGGUCUUGUUUGCAUUGCCCCCCUGUGUUUCUUACCUCGAUGUGGAAACUAGGCUUAAAGAAAUAGUCCAUCAUUUGUAAUUUGUGCAUUUUGUUCGUUUGAAACAAAAAAAGUGCUCAAAAUCUAAAGAAGGGUACUGAACAACUAACUGAAGUUUCAGCUCAGCUUCAGCUGCAUAUUCCGAGAAGCAUUCUAAGAUCAGAUUUCAUAUCAAAAGUUGCUGAAUCAUGUUUUGAAUUGCGCCUGAAUUCAGCAUCC